UUAAAUGUAUAUUGCACACAAUUUACAAUCAAGAUUUUCUUUUACUUUUGUGCAGUGUCCCUUCUUACAUUAGGCCUAUUAAUUUAUAUGCAAUUGAUCACAUAUAUGAUCCAUGAUUACUGUCUAACUAAACGUAAAUGAUCUUAUCCCAUGAUAUGCAUGAUCACGAACAUUGAUUAGAAAUUGGACUUGAAUCCACAAUAUCAACUCCAGGCCUUUUUGUAACAUCCCGGGCCCGGCCCAAAAGGAAACUCAAGUGCAGGAGGCCCAAGGAGAAGAAACCCUAGACAUAACCCCUCUCAUUGCUUAUAAAAAGAGAAGUUUCCCUAGGGUUCAGCCACAAGAGAGACAGCAAGCGAAGCCCUGCCUGAGCAGAACCCUGCCGCCGCCUCCGCCUCAAGCCGCCGCCGCUCCAUCUCCGGCGAAGCCAGCCGCCAGCCGCCCGCGAAGCCCUAGCCGCCGCAACCGAGCUCCUAGCCGCCGCCUCCUUGAUUCAGUUUCGUGCAAGCAACUGAGAUCUGAACCCUAAAGAUCUCGAGAAGUGACUGUUCCCCAAACCUAGAUCCAGAUCUACUUCUGCAAAAAGCUAAGGUGAGGACUUGGUUGUGAACUUGCCUCAUGUUGAGUAACCAAUGGGACUUAGUCCUUUGUUAAUCAGUUCUAGAUAUUGUGUGUAUGUGUGAUGUGAUAUGUGAUUGAUCUUGUCUAGACGAUAGUACGUGUUGAAGUGAUAAGAACGUAGGCAUGUUAGGGUGGUCAAGAAUAUGAUGAUAAGGUGUUGAGACGUGUUGUGAAUGAUAAGUGAAAGAUGUAAGAAUAAGUACGAAUAAGGGAUCAUAUAGAGAGUCUAAGGAAAGUAUGUGGGGUAGUAGUCCACGCUAGGUAUCCAUAGGAGAUGUGGCCAAUCCACAAGAAUAUGGAAGCACCCAUAGGAGAUGUGGCCAAUCCACAAGAAUAUGGGGUAGAAGCCUAGUUGGGGCUACCCACUGAUGAAAAGAACGAAAAGAUGAAAAGGAUGUGCAUUGUAGGGUCUUUAGUUCAUGUCGGGUAGUAUGGGUUUCUGUGUAAUAGACCUUAAUAGCUCAUGACUUGUGAUUGUUUGCUCUUCCUGAGUUGAGCUCGUGGGUUCCUAGAACCUACCCUCACUGAGUAUUAUGUACUCACCCCUCUUUUUACAGGUAGGGCCGAGAGGGAGCGGGAGUAGAUGUUCGUAUGGUGCAAGUGUUUUCUCGAGUCUUUCAUUUAUGACUCCUUUCUUUCAACCAUUUCUUCUUAAGUUUUUAUUCGACAUUUCAGUUUUGUUGAGUUUGGUUUUAUGUAAGACAAUUUGAGUUUUAAUAAGAGUUUUUGAACGAAAAAAUUUGGGGUAAAGCAUUUGAUAAGGUUCAUCGGGCCAAGGCUGUUACAAUUGGUAUCAGAGCCAGGUUAAACCCACCCGGUGCUGUCCCGGGUGGGAAGGGCAGGGUCGGGUAGAAGUAGUAAAAAAAAAAAAAAAAAAAAAAAAGGGUUUCAAAAGGACUUCUUCCGAACGUUUUUCUAAGUGUUUCAAAAAGGAGUUUAAAAAAAAAAAAAAAAAAAAAUGCACCACUCGGACGGAACUCCUAGCUCACUCGGUGGACAAUAGAAUACGAGUAGAACCGUAGCUAAUACUCCUUCACUUGUCAACAGAAUGCCUCCCAAGAAUGCCAGAGUUGCAAGGCCAGCUGCGGCCAUCCCGAGAGCGACACGACGGGUCACCAGGUCUGCGUCUCAAGCCUCCAGCGAGGCAGAAAGCCGAAGAGAGGGCGCACCCGAGAAUGGGAACCCAGUGGAAAUGCCGAACGUGGUGAAUGUAGCGCUCCUGGCAAAACUGCAAAGAUAUCGUGACGCCUAUGGGGGUCAAUUUCCCAAUGGUGAAGCCGCCGCAGAGGCGGGGGACAACCCCAUACCACCUGGGGCGGCCCAGAAUCCGCCACCACCGCCACCACCGCCACCACCCCCGGCAGCGCCUGCAGUGGUGCACGCCCCAGGCCCCAACUACUGGGACAUGCUGAGACACAUGAAGAGUAUGCAGACGGAGUUUUUCAAUGGAAAGGCCGACGCAAUUGUCGCGGAUAACUGGAGACGUCAACUCGAGAGGAACUUCGCUUCUGCAAGGUGCCCACCGGAGUUCCGUAGGGACCUGGCUGCUCACUAUCUUAAGGACGACGCACUAGUGUGGUGGGACGAAGUGGUCGAAAGGUCACACGGGAUACGACUGACCUGGGAUGAUUUCCUGGAAGCAUUCAAUGGGAAGUACUCCCCCUUAGAAGCCAUGGACGCGAUGGAAAGCAAGUUUCAGGACAUCCGUCAGGGGUCAAGGAAUGUACGAGACUACGGAGACGAGUUCAACCGACUUCGGAGAUUUGCGGGUCACUACCUGAGUGAUCACGACUUAAUCCGCCGUUUCCUCAAAGGCAUGAGAAUGGAACUGAGGAAUAGCUGCAACGUGAGGGAAUAUCGUGAUGUCCAUGAGCUGAUUGAGAAAGCCGCAGAACAGGAAUCAGGGCUCGAGGAAGAACGAAAACAGAACCAAAACUCCCAGAACCGGGGUGCCAAACGGCCCCGGGAUGCACUACCCGCGGCUGAGCCUGCCCCGUUAAGGCCCGCAUGUGAAAGGUGUGGACGAUUCCAUGCGGGGGAGUGCAGAGCAGGAGCAUGCUUCGCCUGCGGCGAGCGCGGCCAUAUGGCGAGGGAUUGCCCGAAGGAGAGACAGGCCCAACGCAGGCGCUGUCACCGCUGCGGCCAGGAGGGACAUCAGGCGUGGGAGUGCCCAACACUCCAAAGAGGAAACGCGGAAGGGGCGCAACCCCAACAGCAGAGAGGGCAAGCCGCAGGGCCAAGAGCGUACGCCGUCGAGGGUCGCGAAGGAGCCGAACCAAUCGCGGGUAUGUUUUGAUUUAACGCUACGAUUAUGUUAUAUGAAAAGAACUGUUAGUAGUCGUGUAGCUUAGCGUUAGUGUUGUGUAGGGUCUGUCGCGGUCGGAGGAGU